GCUAGCUUGUUUCGCUGUAGCGACCGGUUAGUUUAAGAUGGCUUCUUACCUAAAUUGCGUCAAGUUAUUUAUGCAAAAGUGGCCUGGUUAAACAAGUGCUAGUAUUAUUCGGCCGAAAUAGCAAUAGAACCAUUUUUUUAUAAUUCCGAGAAGCAGAACCAUCGAUCAGUGAAAAAGCGGUGUGCAAAGACACGAAUGAAGUGCCUUCUGGUGGCCAGCGAGAGCGUGGACCUUCUGUUCUACUGGACAGACCGGGAGUUUGAACAGAAUCUUCAGGAGCAGUAUGGAGUGACUCACGAAGAAGGACAUAAGCCUCCUGCGUUUGAAGACCGCAUCAGCACACAGUUUGCCCCCAUAAUCAUCUCCUGCAGCAGCAUGAUCGACAAAAUCGACGACUGCUACACCUCCUUCACCACGGAAAACAACCACAUCUAUGUCCUUCAUCAGUUCGAUGAGUGCCUGUACAUAGCUGUGAAUGGAGAUGGAGAUGAGAAGGAUGAAGACCUGAGGAGGAAGAUCUAUGUGAUGAAGAAGCUGAUGGAAGUGCACUUUGGGGUAGUAACACUCAGCAGCACCCACCUGAGGAAAGAGCUCCGUCCCCAGGACACUGAUCAGAGGAAUCGCCUGUGGAAGAAACUGCAAGGCCUUCUGGGAACCUACAGUCAACUCAGGGAGCAGGACCAAAGCUUUCUAGUGGAGGCAGUGGAGAGACUGAUUCACCCCACCCUCUGUGAGCAGUGCAUCGAGUUCUUGGAGAGACGACUGGUCCAUCAGAUCAACAACAGCGUGGAGCGUGCUGGGGAGGAAGUUCUGCACGCCUUCAUCCUGGUGCACACAAAACUGCUGGCCUUCUACUCCAGCCGUAAUGCCAGCACACUCACUUCCUCUGACCUACUGGCCCUGAUCCUGAUGGUGCAGAACCGCUAUCCUAGCAGUGAGCUUGAAGACCAGCUGUCUGAGCAUGAGGAGAACACUUUGGUGCCAGAGGUCUUCUACACUCCAGAACCUUCCCCCACUUCUGGGGCUUCAGGGGCAAGCAGUGGAGAGGAGAGCCAGACUCCAAUCUUCCAGUUUGUUGAUCCAGAUAUUCAAAUGGCAGAGGACAGCCUCCACACCCUGGAGGUCCCACCCCCUGAUCCCGCAAACCCCUCUAGAGUCUUUCUGGAGGCCACCAUCAAAGAAGGCUUCUGCCCCAUGAUGCCUCACAACAUGUAUUCCCUGCAGCUGUGGCCAGGCAUCACGCUGGUGCUGCUGACUAAGAUCCCCAACAGUCAGGUGGCCAUAUCAGUCUACUACUUCCUGGACACAUUGGCCAGUCUGGAGAAGAAGCUGAGUGAGGGGGUGGAGGGAUCUAGUGCCCCCCGCAGUCCUCUGCCUCUCCACGACCUCCGCAGCAAGAUGGACAAGUUCAUCCGCGCCCUGAGUGUUAGUGAUGCGCAGCUGGUUUCACAGCUGCAGAGCACCUGGGCAGAGUUCAAACACAAGGCCUUCUCCCGGGGAGGUCCUGGGGUCAGUAAAGAGUUGCUGCCCUGCUGCCGGAACAUGAAGAUGCAGCUGUGUGGGCUGUUCAGGCAGUGCUUUGUCCUGAAGAGCACAGAGAACUUGCAGCGCCUGGCGCCCAGUCUGCAGGAGCGGUCUCUGGCUCUUGUGCAGGAAAAGCUGGUGGACUGGAAGGACUUCCUGCUGGUGAAGAGUAAGAGGAACAUCACCAUGGUGUCAUACCUGGAAGAGUUUCCUGGGCUGAUUCACUUCAUCUACGUAGACCGCACUGCUGGGCAAAUGAUUGCUCCUUCCUUUAACGUUACGGACCAUUCCACCUCAGAACUGGGGAAGGGGCCCCUGGCACACUUCAUCAAGAGUAAGGUCUGGAGUCUGGUGGGCACAGCACGGCACUACAUGCAAAAGGGCUACUCCACUGCCACCUUCCGAGAUGGAGACUAUUACUUCUGCUACUUCCUGUGGUUUGAGAAUGAGACGGGCUACAAGCUGGAUGUAAUAGACCUUCCUCUUCUCCCAGAUGACUCCGCACCCAUCGGAAUGCUAGCAUGGGAUUACUACAGGAAGCUGCUGAGGUACUACAGUAAGUACCACAAUGGUGAGGUGGUGAAGUGCUAUGAGCUGCUGACCAUGCACUUGGGGGUGAUUCCCAGCGACUACGUCCUGCAGCACUGCUGCCAGUUGGCCCGCAAGCUGUGGGAACCGUCCCGAAUCCCACUGCUCUGAUACCGCCUCCGGCCUACAGCCAUACCUCCUACAUCCUCCUGCUCUGAUACAGCCUCUGGACUGCAGCCCCAACUCCUACAUCUGCCUUCUUACGUGGGAAUAUCACCUGUUUUAUGUAUUUUUUUAUCCUGCCAUGGCCACAUCAGUUCAGGAGAGCACACAUGAAAUGUGCUUAGAAACACAGCUAGCCACUGUGUCUUUUAAAUUCUGCAGUGCUGUGGUUACUGCACCAGAGGACUGGACAGCAAGCACAGGCAGAUUGUACUGACCAGAGGAGGAGCUACUGAGCCUUGUGCUUUGGCAGUACCCUGGUAGUGAAACCUUGCCUCCCUGGACAACAGUAGGGCCAGUAAUGUAUCUCCCUGCGAGACAUCCAGCCACAGAAGGCACUAGCACUGUCGUGUAUUCAAUCAAAACUUGGGCGCCUGGGACCAUCAUUUUAGACUCAUUGCAUAUAAACCUAGUCCUACCCAAAUGGCAUGUUAAGCAGGCCUCUUUUAUAGCAUCGGUCUGAAAAGCAGUCUGUGUCAGCAGUGAACCAGUUGCUAGCCACUGUUGAAGAACCACAUCCAAGUGAACCCAACUCAAUGCUAUCGUUUCACUGCGGCGUGUCUCCCAAUGGAGUUUUUAAUGCUGCCUGCUAGCAGAUCUUCAAUUACUGUCAUAAAGAUGCUAAAUGGCUACCUCACUUAAACAACAGUACUGUUCAACUCUUUGAUAAAUGCAGCUGCAGUUGGUUGGAGUUGUCCUCAUUGUUGAUUUGGACUACUCUUGCUUUCUAGACGGACAAGUUCAGCCAUGAGAACAGGCCUUGAUCAGUUAAGUUGGGUACACUUGCAUGGGGACAGUUGAAUGAUAGGUACCUUUUGAUGAGGGUCAGGAACCAUGUUCCUGAUGGGCUCAGUCUUUCUCUGAAUUUCAUGCCAACUAAAUCUUAAUCAUUUAAUAAGCAAUGACUUAACUAAGCCAGGAUUACUGCUGAUAUAGAUAUGAACCUCCAUGCACAGAAUUCCACAUUCCUGCGUGCCUGAUGGUGCUGAAUUUCCUCUAAGAAAUGCAAGCAGUGUGUUUGUGUGUGCGCGCGCAUGUGCGUGUGUGAAUACAUACCACUUCCAUUUUUAUUUUUGCACUUGUAGACAAUGAGCUGUUGUAAUGAUGAAUUCAAUCUUAGAAGCAAUAUAACUUGGUACUGAUUAGUAAAUGCACUUUCUUUCCUGUAGCUGCCCUUAUAAAUUUGUUAUGAAUAGUACUGUCACUGGAAGCAGUCUUAGUGGGCUUCUUGAAAGCUGGAAAAGAUGCAUAAUACAGUUUUUCUUUUCAGGUCAGCAGUCAGAAUCGCAGCAUGCUGACUUGCUGAGAUUUUUUAAAUCAUGUUGGUCUAAUGUUUCUUAAGAUAUUUUUCUCUCCAGUUUGAAAUGCUCUACACUGGAGGACUGUGGCAUUUCACAGUCCUCCAGUGCAUUGGCAGGGCACAGGGUGGCGUGUGCAUUCUCCUUUGAAUGCACCAGAGAAAUUGUCAGACUGCACAUAUGCCUGAGGAGGUGCUGUUGAGGCAUGAGACAUGGAUAUCCUGCCAACUGAAAACCUCCCUACCCAGGUGAUGCUGUGACCAAUCACGUUUUACAGCUAUUUGCUAUUUGAGUUUGCAAUGACACAUUCUGUCCUGUCCACAGAAUGCAUCACUGGGUCCUUUACUUAAUGUGCAGCUUGGUAGCACCUGUCGGAUAUGUUUAAUUGCUUAAAGUUCCAAGGUCUACAUUCUAGUGUUUGCACUGGAUAAGAUCCUUUCUAUAGCAGCUCUGUUAAUGAGUCACCUCUCAUUUCUUAAGUCAGUGUGCUGCACUUUGCGUACCACGGUACAAUACAUAUAUUGAUUUGUUCAGUCUUGUUCCAGCUGUCUGCACAGUAUUUUUUGAAGUGCAUGCUUGCAUUCCAGUGACAAAGACACUUGCACAACAGAAAUGUAUUAAUACUAUAUCCACUGUAAAAGUCUAUGGUAUAUUGCAUAAAUUCCUUAAUAUAUAAAAAUAUAUUAAAUGUCUUUUUUGUACAG